AUGAAGCCCCUACUCAAGUUCCUAGCUACGGCAUUGGCGGUAUCGAGCUUGGCGGUUCGAGGUGAGGCGCGGGUGAGUGGGUCUUUGCCGCACGAGAGGAUUCGGCCGUAUAAGCGCGGGCCAUUGCAGGAUAUUGUCACUUGGGAUGAGCAUUCGUUGAUGGUACAUGGGAAGAGGGUGCUUUUUUAUAGUGGGGAGGUUCAUCCGUAUAGACUCCCCGUCCCCGACCUCUGGCUCGACGUCUUCCAGAAGAUCAAAGCCCUCGGCUUCAACGGCGUCUCCUUCUACGUCGACUGGGCCCUCCUCGAAGGCAAACCGGGCGUGUACCGCGCAGAAGGUGUCUUCGCACUGGAACCCUUCUUCGAAGCCGCUCAAAAGGCAGGAAUUUACCUCCUCGCUCGACCGGGACCGUACAUCAAUGCCGAAGUCUCGGGCGGAGGCUUCCCCGGCUGGAUCCAGAGAACCAACGGUAUGCUGCGGACGAGAGCGCGGGAUUUCCUGAACGCCACGAAUUUGUACAUGGAGUCCGUAGGGAAGACGAUUGCGGCGGCGCAGAUCACGAAUGGCGGACCGAUCAUCCUGGUGCAGCCGGAGAACGAGUACACGGAGGCGACGGCGAGCGUGCAGCCGUUCCCUGAUCCGGUCUAUAUGCAGUACGUCGAGGACCAGCUUCGAAAAGCUGGCAUCGUCGUCCCGCUGAUCAGCAAUGAUGCUUCUCCGAAAGGGUACAAUGCACCGGGUCAGCCUGGCGAUGUCGACAUUUACGGGCAUGAUGGAUAUCCUCUUGGUUUCGAUUGCGCUAAUCCGACGGUUUGGCCGGAUGACAAGUUCCCCACGAAUUGGAGGGAGCUGCAUUUGAAGCACAGUCCAACCACCCCGUACUCGAUUGUAGAGUUCCAGGGUGGAUCGUUUGAUCCAUGGGGAGGACCUGGCUUCGAUAAGUGCUCUGUUCUGGUAGGCGCAGAGUUUGAGCGCGUGUUUUACAAGCAGCUGUAUAGUUUUGGUGUCACGAUCCUGAACAUCUAUAUGACGUUCGGAGGGACCAACUGGGGAAACCUAGGCCAUCCUGGAGGGUAUACAUCUUAUGAUUACGCGGCCGCUAUCCGUGAAGACCGUCGUGUGGACCGAGAGAAAUAUUCCGAACUCAAGCUGCAAGCCAACUUCCUUAAAGUCUCGCCAGCCUAUCUGACCGCUGCACGCGGGAAUGCUUCAAGCACCACUUCGACGACAGCAACGGGUCUCACUGUUACACGUGCUUCUGAGGGUAAUACUGCCUUCUAUUUUGUGCGCCACACAAAGUACAACACCCAUGAUACGACAAGGUAUAAACUACGACUUUGGACGACAGCAUUUGGCAAUAUCACAGUUCCACAAUUGAACGGCACGAGCCUGACCCUCAGCGGAAGAGACGCGAAGAUCCAUGUGAGCGACUAUGACAUUGGAGGCGCCACGCUGGUGUAUUCAACUGCCGAGAUAUUUACUUGGCAUAAGUAUGCUGAUAGGACCGUCCUCGUCCUGUAUGGUGGGCCUGGAGAAACCCAUGAGUUUGUUCUCGCUGUUACGGGGUAUGAGGCGCUGGAAGGCGAGGUCGUGGCGGCUGCUACGAGGGGAUACACAUUGAUCAAUUGGAAGGCGACGGCCCAGAGGAAGGUCGUCAAAGUGGGUGUUGGGAAACCCUUCAUCUACGUCUACUUGCUCGAUCGCAACUCAGCAUACAAUUACUGGUCUGUUGAUCAAGCCCCUCACGACUCUUCGAAUCCCAUCAUCCUGAAGGCGGGUUAUUUGAUGCGCACAGCCAAGGUAGACGGCGAUACUCUGUCACUUACCGGAGACAUGAACUCAACCAUCCCGAUUGAAAUCAUCGGCGGUGCUCCUCCUACCCUGUCUACACUGACGUUCAACGGGGAAGACGUGCCCUUCAAAGUCGACAAGGACGGCAUCAUCAAAACCGAAGACAUCAACUACCCCAAGCCGAAACCCUACAUUCCCAAACUGAACACUCUCAACUGGAAAUACCUCGACGCUCUCCCCGAGCUCCAACCCACCUACGACGACCACGCCUGGACGCCGGCCAACCUCAACAAGACAUACAACAGCCACCGCCGCCUCUCAACCCCGACAUCCCUCUACGCUUCCGACUACGGCUACCACAGCGGCACCCUCCUCUACCGCGGCCACUUCACCGCCACGGGCACGGAAAAGUCCCUGUACCUGUUCACCCAAGGAGGCUCUGCCUUCGGCGGCUCCGCCUGGCUCAACAACACCUUCCUCGGCUCCUGGCGCGGCUACGACGCCGCCACCAACGGGAACAACACCUUCACCCUCGCGAACCUCGCCCGGGGGAAACAGUACGUCAUCACCGUCGUCAUUGACCACAUGGGCCUAGACCAGAACUGGGUCAUUGGUAUCGAGACGAUGAAGAAUCCGCGCGGGAUCCUAGAUUACAGUCUAGACGGCCACGAGAAAUCGGACGUGCGGUGGAAGAUCACGGGGAAUCUGGGCGGCGAGGAUUACAGGGAUUUGUCGAGGGGUCCGUUGAAUGAGGGUGGAUUGUGGGUUGAGCGGCAGGGUUUGCAUCUUCCUGGCGCUUUGUCUGCUACGAAAGGCAGGUUCGCUUGGAAAGAGAGUAAGGGGCCCGUGAAUGAUGGGAUAGGUGGGCCGGGAAUCGGUUUCUUCGCCACGGAGUUUGAGCUCGGGUUACCCAGCGGAUACGACAUUCCCCUCUCGUUUACCUUUUCCAAUGACACGGCUACGACAUCUGGCGGAGGGAAUCACUCGGUGCCAGCGGCGUACAGGGUCCAGAUCUACGUCAAUGGAUGGCAGUUUGGCAAGUUUGUGAGUAAUGUCGGGCCGCAGACGAGGUUCCCUGUUCCCGAGGGGAUACUGGAUUAUCGCGGGAAGAAUUAUCUGGCGGUUGUGCUUUGGGGGCUGGAUAACGGGCGGACGAGGAUCCGGGGGUUGGAGCUGGGUGUCGAUGCGGUGGUUUGGAGUGGGAGGGCGGAUGUGAGGGUUGUGGAGGGGGAGAGGUAUGGGGUUAGGGAUGGGGCGUAUUAG